UAAGGCGGGUUAUGAAUAAUUAAUGAAAUGCCAAUGUUGUUCUAGUUCAGGCACUGAGACGAAAAACUAUUAAAGCUACGUUUUGAGCUGAAGGUCGGAAAUAAUGGCGACGGCUAUUUACCUCGAACACUACCUUGACAGCAUUGAAAACUUGCCUUGUGAACUCCAGAGAAACUUCACCCUGAUGCGAGAGCUGGACAGCAGAACAGAGGAAAAGAAAGGAGAGAUUGAUAAGCUUGCAGAAGAGUACAUCACAAAUGUGCGGAACCUUGCAUCCGAGCAGAGGGUGGAGCACCUGCAGAAGAUCCAGAGCGCCUACAGCAAGUGUAAAGAAUACAGCGAUGACAAAGUGCAGCUUGCCAUGCAGACAUAUGAAAUGGUUGACAAGCAUAUCCGGAGGCUGGACGCAGACCUGGCUCGCUUUGAGAAUGAGCUAAAGGAGAAACUUGACGUCGGUGGCUAUGAGAGUCCAGACAGUAGAGCACUCAAAAAAGGAGGUGGAAGAGGGCUUAAGGAAAAGCGAGGACCCAAAGGCAGAGGAAGAAAAUGCUCAGAUGAUGACUCACCUCGAAAGAAAAAAAUGAAAAACAGCCCUGAAUUCUCUGAAUCCCUCUUACCUGUACACCCGUCAGAUGUCUUAGACAUGCCAGUAGACCCCAAUGAGCCCACAUACUGUUUGUGCCACCAAGUGUCAUAUGGAGAAAUGAUCGGCUGUGACAACCCAGAUUGUCCAAUUGAGUGGUUUCACUUCGCUUGUGUGGACCUUACAACAAAACCCAAAGGGAAAUGGUUUUGUCCGCGGUGCACCCAGGAUCGGAAGAAAAAAUAAAUUUCUAAUUCUAUUACUUUUAUAUAUAAGUAUAUAUAUGUAUUUUGUCUAUAUGUGGUAUAAUAGGAUAUGUACAGUAUAUAUAUUACUUUCUAUAUGACUAUGAUAAAGGAAAAGAGGGUCACAAUUUAUUUUUUGAUGUACUUGAAAUGUGUCCAUUUUGUUAAUUCAAAAGCUGAAUCUUGUGCUGCAAGUCAUCUGGUAUCUAUUUUAUGCAUUUAAUUUUAUGGCGAAAUAUGGGAAGUGAAAGCUUAUCUAUGUAUGUAUAUCCCCUUCUACUGAAAACGGUAGUGUAGGCUUUCUUGCUAUAUGAACUCCAAGCACCAAAUCCAUUACUCUGUAAGUCUUGUAACUUUUUAUUGUACUUCUUUACAUUUGUUAUUACUGCUGCGCAAAACAUUCACAGUAAGACUGAGGUCUUACAUUUAGUUUUGAGCAUUUUCGUUUAAUGUAAACGUCAAAGAUGCCAAGUGCAGCUGUCCUGCUGGAUGUAGGAUUUUUUUCUUUAAGGAAAACAAAAAGGUUUUCUUUUACUUGCACUAUGAAGUGACUACUUCUGUAACUCCGUCCAGAUGAACAGCAGCUCAUCUGAUCGAAAAAAGAACGUGACAUUUUGCUAACUUACAAACCUUUGUGUCCAUCUCUGAAUGUAUAUUAAUAGUAAUAAUGAUGUUUUGGCAGUAUCUGCCAUCUUCUCUAGCAGCUUUGAUGCACUUUUAGUAGAUAUAUAUCUAUUUAGCACCACAAAACUGAGGCCUGUAUUCUUCAAAGUAUCUCAGAGUGGCAGUGGUGACACAGGAUCAGCUGCUCUUUCCACAUAAUCAUGUUCAUUAAGAAUAAUCUCACGUUUCCACCUCCACCUGUGGUGAAGUGCUGUUAAUGAAGUGGUCUUUAGUGAAGCAGAGGACCAAAAAAAGAAACACCAAAGAUGUGGAAUCUGAAUGUGAUCAGGGUUUGCUUUGCCACAGUAGAUGCAAAUCAUCCUUAAUGGAUUAUAUCUGAUCUGUGCUCAUUCGUAUGUCUUGAAUCGAGGUAUUAAUGUGUCUGAUUUGAGAUUGCAGAGGGGUAUUUCCCAAUCAUGAUUCUAGGACAGCUGAUCUUUGAUCAGUACUACUAUUCUGAGAUGCUUCAUGAAUUCUGUGAAUGAUUUUAAAUUGGCAGUGGUCCUCGUUUGGCCCAGUGCUUUUGAUGAGAUCCAGAAGAACAGGACUCUCAUGCCAUUUGUGACCAGUUGCUGUAAAAUAAAAAAUAAAUACAUAAAUAAAUAAAUAUUAAGAGGUGGCACAAACAUACCAGUGGAUCUACCAAAGUGAGAUUAGGUGGUGUUAGCACUGAUGUAUGCUACACUGCUGUUGUAUUACCUUGUAAUGCCUGAUUUUAUUGUGAUAAAUGUGGAACUGCAUUUAUAUUGUAUUCCGACUACGUUACAGCUGGCCUUGCAUGGCCCACCCUACCAUCCCUACACAAAACGUAUUACUGACAGUCAUAAGCUACCAUUGAAAAAACAUCUUUCAAUAAGCAUGAAAGAGUGAAAGAAUGACAAUCAGAAAUUAUUCCUUUGCUCUUUUCUUUUGGUUUGUCAUAAUAUUGGCAUAGACUAUGGAGAACCAAACAUCUACUGUGAAAUGACUUCAUAUAUUUAGCGAUGUACCUUGUUAUGUGGGAUAGUUGUUCAGUACAGAUUUUCUUAAAAAUAAAUAUUUAGCAAUA